AGCAGCAAUAGAAGUGAAACUAUCGAUAGCAUUUCGGUUCUCUCGUUGUCCCUCUCGAUCUUCUGAUAAGCCUCUCCCCCUCGAAAUCAACAGCUUAGCGAGAGAGAGGCAAAAAUAUCCUUGCCCAUUCCUUUUGCUUUCUGGGACGUCAUUAAAAGACAUUACUUCAGAUUUAAUGGCAUCAAAGUUGCAGCAAUUGCAAGCAAAGGCCUCCCAAGCCUCACAAUUUGUGGCCAAGCAUGGAACUUCCUACUAUAAGCAGUUGUUGGAGCAGAACAAGCAAUAUAUUCAAGAGCCACCUACUGUGGAGAAAUGUAAUGAAUUGGCCAAGCAGCUGUUCUACACUCGUCUUGCAAGCAUUCCCGGCCGUACGGAAUCAUUUUGGAAGGAACUUGAUUAUGUCAAGAACAUGUGGAAGCACAGGCAGGAGCUGAAGGUUGAAGAUGCUGGCAUUGCUGCUCUAUUUGGCCUCGAGUGUUUUGCAUGGUUUUGUGCUGGUGAAAUUGUCGGAAGAGGAUUUACGUUCACUGGUUACUAUCCCUGAAAACUGCUAGCCUGGUAAAAUGUUUGGGCCAGUCGAUGUUCAGCAUCAUCAUUGCGGUUAUUUUGAGUUGACAUUCUUUGUGCAAGAUUUUGUUUUCCUACAACGUUGUCAAAGCUGAGAAAUCAGUUGUGUUAAAUUCGAUUGUCUCAAUAAGUAGCAUAUUCGACAUCAAAACCCCUUCUCUAGCGAAGUGAACUAGGUAAAUGAACUUGAUAAUGGAAUUGUAAUUCCUGUGGAAGAUACAGCUACCUGUGAUGGACGUAGCUCUGAGAAAAGUUUUCGUGGUUAUUCCGUGCUUUACCUUAAACCCUAUCUGUUCUUUGUUCUAAUAAGAAUGGCUUUACAGCCUUGGCCAUGUUUAACAAAGAUA